AUGGCUUCCUCAUCUGGCAACGAUGAUGACCUCACUAUACCCAGAGCUGCUAUCAAUAAGAUGAUCAAAGAGACUCUCCCUAGUGUCCGGGUGGCCAACGAUGCCCGGGAGCUGGUGGUGAACUGCUGCACUGAAUUCAUUCACCUUAUAUCUUCUGAAGCCAAUGAGAUCUGCAACAAAUCGGAAAAGAAGACCAUCUCACCAGAGCACGUCAUCCAGGCACUAGAAAGUUUGGGCUUUGGCUCUUAUAUCAGUGAAGUAAAAGAAGUCUUACAAGAAUGCAAGACAGUAGCAUUAAAAAGAAGAAAGGCCAGUUCUCGUUUGGAAAACCUUGGCAUUCCUGAAGAAGAGUUAUUGAGACAGCAACAGGAAUUAUUUGCAAAAGCUCGACAGCAACAAGCAGAGUUGGCCCAGCAGGAAUGGCUUCAGAUGCAGCAGGCUGCCCAGCAGGCACAGCUGGCUGCUGCCUCAGCGGGCGCGUCCAGCCAGGCAGGGUCUUCUCAGGACGAGGAGGAAGAAGACGACCUCUGAGGCUCACCGGCCGAGUUUCUGCUUCUUCUGUCAGUGUUUCUCCCUGCACGAGAGACCGUGAAGGAAGUGCUUAUCUGUAACUGCGUAUGCGUCUGGGUGGACUUGCCAUUGGUAUUCUAGGGAUGUCUGCUGUUGAGUUUCAUCUAUUGUGCGCUGUUCGUGUAAAAAAUGUCUCUUUGAACUAUUGAAAAUUUAAGGUUCAGUAUAAUAUCAAUUUUGAAUUUUUAAUGGUGUUUAUGAAAUUUUAGAUAGCGGUGAGUCCUUUAUUUGAUCAAUAAACAGUGUUACAGAAAACUUCAAGUUUAUAAAAAUACAGUGAAAUUUAUACAGAAACUCUAAAUCUGCAUUUGCAUUUCCUCUUCCCUUUUAACUAAACUAAAAAUUGGGAAUUUUAAAUUAUUGAGGAGAGGAUGCUGUGUGAUGGAGUAGACAUUAGAUCAGGUUGGUGAAAAAACAAAGUUCAGUUCUAUAGUAUCUGAAUUUUUUGUCUUUUAAAAUGAGUAUAUAUACAGGCAAUAAAUAUAUAUAUGCUCAGAUAAAUAUACUUGUUUAAAAAAGAAAAUCCCAAAACAAGACAUUCAAAAAUUAGGAAGGAGUGUGUUCAGUAGUAGUUGUAAAAUUUGGUAGGUUAUGUUUUUUAUUUUGUUUUUGUUCUAUGUAGAGGUAAAAACCUCAGUUUUAUUAUGGCGUAAUUCAUCUUGAGCUACACGAUUGCAUUUCAGAAGCUACCCAGCUUUGAGGACUGUCUUGAUUCUUAGUAUUUCACUCCAAUAAUUGUUAAUAGUAUUACUUGCUUAGUCCAUCCAUGUUUACUGGAACUUGUGAAACAAUUGCUUGGGUUCCGUUGGUUUAACUGAGGUUCAUGAAUAUUCAAACCUUUGCUUGGGAAAGAAGUGAAAGUUAAUGAGCAUGCUUGCUGUAAAAGAGGAAUUUUUUUUCUUGUAAUUUAACUUGUAGUGAUAGUUUACUUAUUGUUUGUUUUUAGCAUUACUCCUGCAGUUUCUUGACUAGAUGGCCUAGAGUGUCCAGUGCUUCCUUUUGAAAUGGCAUCACUGUCUCCAUCUUAAUUGAGUGAUAGCUUUAAAAAUGAUUGGUUUUGUUCUGUUUAAGAAAGCGUGUCAUGAUUGAUCAGCCCUAUAUGAAACAUAAGUAGUUUUCAACCUGCUCAUUAAAUGGAAGAAGCUUUAAUUUGGUUCUAAUAAAUAAAGGAUGGUAGUGAUUUUUAGGGAAUUUGGUGUGUUGAAGAAAUGGCAUAUUAUUUAUAUUUUAGAAACAGAAUGGAAAAGCCGCUUAAGAUAGUAUGAAGUAAUCUAAAUCUAUGUCAGUUGCCAAAUCAUUUAAAUUUCUAUAUCCACCGAGCCCAAAGAUAGACUGCGGCUGCUGGGAUUCCAGUUUUAAUUGAAGAGCUAAUAAGUAAGUAAAGUUUACAAGUAUUAGAUUUCUUAAUAAUCAUACUUUGCAGUUUUAGAAAAAGUGAAAUAUUGUCACGCUUCCUCCAUGCCACAAGUAGGUGACUCUUGCUGAACGUUUUGAGUUGAAACUGGCAUUGUAUCCAUGAAGUGCGUUUGGACAAGAUAGAAGGGAUUGUUUUUUUAAAAGUUUAAGUACCAAAGGUAGUCUAGUCUAAGAAGUAAUAAGUUAUGUGUCGGCUUUUCUAAUUUGUACUGUAACACCUUACACUUUCUAUUUUAAGUGUAUAUGUUUCUUAAGUAAACAACUUAGAUAUUUUUCCAUACCUUUUUUUUUUCUGAUGCAGAGUUCAGGUUAAUUAAUAUUUUACUGCAUCUGAUAAUGUAUUAAAUGUUUGAAUCCUAGUGACUUUUCAUUUUGACAUUCUUGUGAUUUCAUAUGCUGUAUUCUUCAAGCAAUAAAAUCUGAUGUGUUUUAUA